AGAAAUGGGAUCGCACAACGUCUUCGUCGCGCUCGUGCUGUUAGCAGUGGGUAUGCGAGUGGCAGAACCAUCCAAGGAUGCUAUGAAGUACAUCACCUCAGGAUUUGUGAAAGUUCUGGAGGAGUGCAAACAAGAGCUAAACAUGAAUGACCACAUCAUAGCCGACCUGUUCCACUUCUGGAAACUGGAAUACGCGCUGCUGAGCCGGGAUACCGGCUGCGUCAUCAUCUGCAUGAGUAAGAAGCUAGACCUGCUGGACGCUAACGGGAGAAUGCAUCAUGGCAACGCGCAGGAGUUUGCCAAAAGACACGGCGCUGGUGAUGAUGUGGCAUCAAAGAUAGUACAGAUAAUCCACGACUGUGAGAAGAAGCACGAGCGUGAUGAUGACGAGUGUCUCCGAGUGCUGGAGGUGGCAAAGUGCUUCCGCACCGGUAUCCACGACCUGGACUGGCAGCCCAAGGUCGAGGUCAUUGUGAGCGAGGUGCUCACGGAAAUUUAGGACGUAGCCGUGAUGUGGGGA